AUCCACAAAGUCAACAUGAAUAAAAAACCAAUUUUUAUUCUUCCAUCAGGUCACUGUAAUACACCUAAUGUUACAAAGACUCUAGAGACAAAAUCCCAGAGUGUUCCAGAAAGGGCCGCAGGAAUUAAGAACGUAGACUCCUGGGUAAGCUUGUGCAAAAUGAUGAUGCUUCCAGCUCCAAUAAAGUCAUCUGCUGAGAGCUUUAAGCAUUUCAGGAAAGUAGCCUUACAGAAGGCAGCUGGGCAAGCACAGGAAAAAGAGAGGGUCCAUAAAGGCACAGGAUUGGAUGCCACGGCAAUGAAAGACUUCAAGCCCCCAAAAGAAGAGGAUAUGAGAAAACAAUUGCCAGAAGCUGAGCAACACCCUCUUGUUCAGGACCGUAACUUGGCCAGAAAAAUGGAACAAGAACGCAGAAGGAAAGAAGCAAUGGCUUGUACAAUUGAUAUGAAUUUGCAGAGUGAUAUUAUGGCAACUUUUGAAGAAAACCUUGAAUGAAAAUGGUAGAUAAUGUAGAACUUAACUUUGGUACUACUACUGACUAUAUGACUUCAAAAAUAUAAUAGUUAUGAGCUUAAACAUUAAAAUCACUUUAAAGAGCAUGCAAGCUCCUGUAAAAAGCUUGAUAUGGAAAGCUUGCUCACUGACAGCUGAAGCAUCACAAGAUAGUUUUGUUUCUUGCUUAUAACAUACGUAUAAUCUAGUCCGCAAAGCAGUGGGAUACUGUUGUUCUUCUGAUUACAGUUCAUGUUUUGUGCUUACAUAUGCAUGAUUUUUUCUAACUCUUUAAUCCAUUUUUUCAGAAACGCUUCAGAAUCUGUUAUACAAGCCAAGUUCUCUUGGUUUUAGUAGUCAGGGCACUAAAUGCGCAACUACAGAAACUACUUCAAAUCAAAGUCUUAUAUGAUUAUUAUUAAGGCAGUCAUUUGUUAUCAUAUUUGCACAAAAUCUGGGCUGUGACAAAAGAUUUCAUAACAAUAAUGAUUUCUACAGAGUGUGUAACAUUACUUGUAAUCAGAAAACAGUACUUCCUGGAAUUCUAAUUUCAGUAGUAAAUCUAAUUCGUUUGCACAUCCUAUAUACUUGCAUGCCUUAAG